AUUUUCCUCAUCUAUAUAAAGUCAAUGUUAAAAUUGGCGUUUUCCCUUUUUUUUUUUUGUUUCUUUCUUUCACUUUUAAAUUCACUUGAUCCAUCAUCAUCAUGAAGACUAGUCUUCUUGCUGUUUUAUCUUUGAGUGUCAUUAGCUCAACUGUACUGGCUGGCGGUCAUUCUUCUUACAAAUUGAUCCCUGAUCCUGAAGGUCAAUAUCCUCGUCUUGGUGCCUGUCCAGACAAAGUGGCAUGUAUUUUCCCACCUACAGAAUCACAAUUUGUCGCUGGCGGUCUAUUCGAUUUGAGAGUGGAACUACAUGCUUAUAAUGAAGAUGUCAACAAACCUGCACCUACUCCUUAUAAAUCCUUCAAAACAUUGGUGCGUAAAGAGAACGAAGAUUGGGUGGAUGCAAGUAAAUAUUUCCAUCAACCCCUGCCUACUAUUGAAAACUGGAAUUUCAACUGGACCCAAUCACUUGAAGUUGAAUAUGCCAAAUUAUUACAUUCGGGUGCUCAUCCCGUCAAAGUUAAUGUUGCCAGUCGUGCUUGGCGCAAGCUCCAAUUUGAUCGUCCUGGAACUUACUAUGUCAAGGUGGAAUAUGCUAAGAAAAAGUCUUAUACUGUUCGCUAUAAGGUUGUAGAACCUAAACGUCCCAAGAAGAAGGCAAAGAAUGUGAUUCUUUUCAUUUCCGAUGGUACCAAUACAGCUACGAUUACCGCUGCUAGAGCAAUCGCACGUCAACAUACUUCGGGCAAAUAUAAAAAUUUAUUAUCCUUUGAAGAAUUUGAUCAUUUGGGUCAUGUCAUCACCAAUUCUGUUGAUAGCUUGUUGACUGAUUCUGCUAAUAGUGCUUCUUCUUAUGCCACUGGUCAUAAAAGUAGUGUCAAUGCUCUUGGUGUUUAUGCUGAUUCCUCUGCAGAUCCUUUUGAUGAUCCCAAGGUGGAAACCAUCACUGAGUUGAUCCGCCGUCGCCAACCCAAAAAAGCUAUUGGUAUUGUUUCCACUGCUUAUAGUCAAGAUGCCACUCCUGCUGCAUUCUACACCCAUACUCGCAAACGGGAUACUUCAGCUGAUAUUGUUGAUCAAUUACUUCAUGGUGUGAAGAACUGGACUGCCCCAGUUCUUCCUGAUGUUUUCCUUGGUGGUGGAUCAGAAUACUUCUCUGGAAACAAAAGUUUAAAUGGCAAGGACUAUUAUAAAGAACUUACCAAGGCUGGCUACAAGUCUGUAUUUAAUAAGAAAGAUCUCAAGAAAUAUAAUGGCAAGGACAAGUUGUUUGGUGUAUUCCGUCAAGGAAAUCUCGACACAUGGCAUGAACGAAAUGUUUAUGUUAACAACACUGUGGGUAACAAGGCACAUCCUGAUAACAGUGGUAAAAAGGAUGCCUUGGGUUCUGAUCAACCUGGUUUGGUGGAUAUGACUGUCAAGGCUUUGGAGACCCUCAAGAAACGUGGUGGUAAAGAUGGCUUUUUCUUGAUGAGUGAAGCUGCUUCUGUUGACAAGAAGCUUCAUACUUUUGAUUAUCCUCGUGCUUUUGCUGAUCUUAUUGAAUUGGAUGUUACUGUCCAAAAAACUGUGGAAUGGCUCAAGAAAAACGGUGAAUAUGAUGAUACUUUGAUCCUUGUUACUGCUGAUCAUGCUCAUUCUUUUGAUGUAUAUGGUACCGUUGAUGCCAACUUUAUGCGUAAGGCUAAGACCGAAGAUGAAAAGACAAGUGCUAUUGGUGUCUAUCAAUAUGCUGGUUUCCCUGGUUACUUCGAUCAUGAUGGUGAUGGAUUCCCUGAUAACUGGAACCCCAAGAUUACUCUCUCUGCAGGAACAAACAAUGGACCUGCUCAUUAUGAAGCUUGGCAAAUCUCUUCUAAUGCUCCUCGUUAUCCUUCUAUUACGGAUGAUCAUGGUGUGAUCGUUCCCAAUCCUAGUGAUAUGGCUGGUAACUUUGGAAAUGGUCUUUUGGUGAACAAUAAUUUACCCCAUGGCAAUAAUCAAGGUGUUCAUUCUAUGAGUGAUGUUUUCAUUUACUCCAAUGGUCCUUCAUCUUCUCUAUUCUCUAAAACCAAGGAAAACUGGGAACUUUAUUUCGCGAUGGUGGAAGCCAUGGAUUUAGGUCGCAAGCAUUAGAAUUUACUACUUUUUCUUAUUUAUCUUUAUUAGUUUAGUUUAGAAGUGUAAUAAAACAAAAUAAUGUACUGAUUAGAGAAUAA